AUGGACGUGUACCGUAAUCCUAGCGUAGUCAUCUGCGAGUUGGCAGCAGGAAAUAACGAAUGGCCAAAUAAUCUCAAAGAAGACAAUGAUUAUAAGGAGAUUCUGAAGGAGACUGAACACGAAAAUGACCACGUAGACGUAAAACUGCCGAGAUGCUCGCGUAAGUUUCUCGUGGCUGAUUUCUUUAUUGACACGGGCGAGCUCAAAAUGAUACUUGAAAAUUGUUCUAUAAAAGUGGUACCCAAGUCCAAGAGAAGGGAAGUAUUCAAUGAAGCACACGGAGGUAUCGUAGCAGGACAUCUCAACGCGCCUAAAGCGCAUGGAAUGCAGGCACCACCAUUAAGGCCUUUCACUACUAAUGGCCCGUAUGAAUUAAUUGUAGUAGACUUGUUCGUAGGUGCGUAUGCUAUUGUAGAUAAGAAAGCAAGAACAGUACUUCGUGCGCUGUUUGAGUGCUGGAUUUGUGAAGGGUGUAGGUGGCCUAAGUGUAUUCAUUCAGACCAAGGUCCCGAGUUCGUUAACUCCACUCUGUCAGAAGUAUGCAAGAUAACAGGAAUUGAGCAGUCAGUGACGAAAGGUUACAACCCACGAGAACACGAGAAAACGGAAUGA